AUGUACUUCUCGCCUGCUGUCGUCCUCGCUGCCCUUCCCUUCCUCGCGGCUGCCGCCCCUGCGCCCGAGACUGGUGUCUCCAUCCCGAUCCAGAGGCGCACGCGUUCCAACGCGUCGACUCGCGAGGCGGCCGUAGCGAACAUCCGCUCCUCCGUGGCCAAGGUUCAGCGUGGUCUGGAGACGUACCAGCGCAAUACCGGCGAGGCUCACCAUCUCGCGAAGGUGUUCAAGCCGGCUUCUGAGUCCAGGAAGCGUGCCACCGGUUCUGACGCUCUGACCGACGAUGAGCAGGAGCUUUGGUACGGCAAGAUCUCCGUCGGUACCCCCGCUGUCACCUACACCGUCGACUUCGAUACCGGCUCCAGCGACCUCUUCCUGCCUAGCUCGUCGUGCGGCAGCACCUGCUCUGGUCACACUCUGUACAACCCGUCCAAGAGCUCCACCGCAAAGAGCCUCGGCAAGUCGUUCAGCCUUGCUUACGGCGACGGCUCGACCGUUAGCGGCACCCAGUACACGGACACCGUCGCCAUUGCCGGCUUGACUGCUACCAAGCAGACGCUCGGCUCUGCCAGCAAGUACUCCACUGGUUUCGAGUCGAGCCAGUUCCCCGCCGAUGGUCUUCUCGGCAUGGCAUUCAAGUCCCUCUCGGACUACAACGCGAACCCCUUCUUCCAGACGCUCAUCAGCCAGGGCACCGUCUCGUCCUCCGUCUUCGGCUUCAAGCUCGCCUCGAGCGGCUCGUCGCUCUACCUCGGCGGCACGGACAGCUCCCUUUACUCGGGAUCCUUCACCUACGUCUCCCUCAGCCAGGCGGCAUACUGGGAGGCGCCGCUCGGUGGCUUGACCGUCGGCAGCACGAAGAUCGUCGGCACCACCGACUCGAUCAUCGACACCGGCACCACUCUCAUCAUCGGUGACAGCGCCACCGUCAAGAAGGCGUACGCAGCCAUCGGCGGCGCGAAGGACAAUGGUGACGGCACCUACACUGUGUCCUGCAGCGGGAGCCCCAAGAUCUCGCUCACCUUCGGCGGCAAGGCCUUCAGCGUCUCCGCUGCGUCGUUCAACCUCCCCAACGGAGACGGCACCUGCAUCGGUGGUCUCGGCUACGACGAUGACAUCGCGUCCGAGUUCUGGAUCGUCGGCGACGUCUUCCUCCAGAAUGUGUACACCGCAUUCGACGUCGCCAACAACCGCGUCGGCUUUGCUACCCUCAAGUAA